AUGCCGGGCUUUGACUUCUCCAACUACAACCGCAACGCGGCUCUUCAUGCCAGGGGCGUUCCCCUUCCCAAAGCCACCAGCACUGGUACGACGAUUGUUGGUUGCAUUUACGAUAAUGGUGUUGUGAUCGCAGCAGAUACCAGAGCUACCAGCGGCCCUAUAGUAGCAGACAAGAACUGCGAGAAGCUCCACUACAUCGCACCUAAGAUCUGGUGUGCCGGCGCCGGUACUGCCGCAGACACCGAGUUCACCACCGCCCUGAUCAGUUCCAACGUUGAGCUGCACUCCCUAUCUACCGGCCGCGACCCUCGAGUUAUCACAUGCAUGACCAUGCUUAAGCAGCACCUUUUCCGAUACCAGGGACACAUUGGAGCGUACCUCGUGGUUGCGGGCGUGGACCCUACCGGCGUCGGGCUGUACACCGUGCACGCUCACGGUUCGACAGACAAGCUGCCAUACGUGACGAUGGGAUCCGGCUCACUGGCGGCUAUGUCGGUGUUCGAGUCGAUGUGGCAACCAGACCUGAACAAGGAAGGUGCCAUUGCUCUGUGCGCCGAAGCCAUCAAGGCCGGUAUCUUCAACGAUCUCGGCUCCGGUAGCAAUGUCGACGUGUGUGUUAUCGAGAAGGACAAGCCCACCCAGUUGCUCCGCAACUACGAGAAGCCCAACGAGCGUGGACAGAAGGAGCGCAACUACCGCUUCCCUCGCGGCACAACUGCCUGGUUGAAUCAAAAGGUCAUCAGCAAGGAGGAUAUGAAGAAAUAUGUCACUAUUGAAACCUUGUCCGGAGAUGACAACUUGGCUGCUGGCGAGAAGAUGGAAGUUGAUGUUUAG